AUGGAGGGGCCGCGCCGGGCUCUGCGGCUGCUGCCGCUGCUGCUGCUGCUGCUGCUGGUGCUGCUCGGGCUCUGCGCCGCCGCUCAGGGGGAGGCGGCAGGGAGCGAGAGCAGCUCCGCGCCCGGCGGGGCAGCGGGAGCGGCCGGAGGGAACGGGCAGGGGCACGGAGCGAACGGGCCCGUGGAAGCACCCACGGAUGGCGGAAAGGACCGAACGAACGCGGCCAGCGCCCAGCACUCCCAGACGGGUCACACGGGCACGAACAGCGACACAGCGACACAGGAGAACCGGAACACAAAUGCGGCCGGACAGGACGGCGAAGAAAAGGAGAAGAAGGAAACUGAGUCACAAGACAACGUAGGCCAAGGCAACAGCGCGGGGGGUGCCCAGGGCAGUACAGGCACCAGUGGAGCUGGUGGAGGCACCGGUGGGGAUGUGAACCGACAGAGCGAGGGAGGCCAAGGCGGUGGCACUGGCAGCGAGGCCAACAGCGGCACCAGUGGCCAGGGCAACGGCAUCCAGAGCCAGGGCAACAACAUCCAGACUCAGGACAACAACCUCCAGACUCAGGACAACAACCCCCAGACCCAGAGCAACAACCCCCAGACCCAGAGCAACAACCCCCAGACCCAGAGCAACAACCCCCAAACCCAGAGCAACAACCCCCAGACCCAGAGCAGCAACGAGAACCAGGGGAACAACGACAGCAACCGUGUCAAGAACAAUGACCAGAGUGGUGGCAGCAACAAUGGACAAGCUGACAACAGUCCAGGGAACGGGGGCAGCAGCCAGGAUAGCAGUAACAAAAAGCAGGUUGAGAGUAGCAAUAAAGAGGAUGAUGAGAACAGCAAAAAACCAAAUGGGGACAAUACCCAGAGCAGCAACAAGGACCAGAGCACCAAGCAGGACAGCAAUGACGGGAGUGGGGCUAACAAGGAAAAGGGCAACACCAUGAAUGGGAACACCAGGCAGGGCAGCAGUGGUGGGCAGCAGGCCCAGAGCCAGGGCAGUGCUGGUGAGAACCAGAGCAAUGCUGGUGACAACCAGGGCACCAAUGAUGCCAAACAGCCCAGCAGCCAGGAUAAUCAGAACUCCCAGGUGGACCAAAACCCCCCCUCACAGUCAACUUCCUCCACUGGGGAUGGCGACAGCUUUUUGGGCAAUGAAGAGAACCCUGAGGAGGAAGACACUGAGACCGAGGAGGGCAGAGACACCUCCUUCGAUCGGGAGAGAGGGAAGAGUGUUCCCUCCGUGCCCAGGGCCCGCUCAGAGAGCAGCCACUUCUUUGCCUACCUGGUGACCACGGCCAUCAUCGUCGCCGCCCUGUACGUGGCCUAUCACAACAAGCGGAAGAUCAUUGCUUUUGCCCUGGAAGGAAAAAGGUCAAAAACCAGUCGACGGCCCAAAUCUGGUGAUUAUCAGAGACUGGAUCAAAAGAUCUAGAUUCCUCCUUGGACAUUCAGUGGGAUGACAACAGCCAGCAAUGGGAAUGCUGUGCUGCCACGGUCCGAUUCCAGUCCACAGGAAGGAGGGGAAACACUUUUUGUUUUGCACCUGCACCUUGAUUAAAACCCCUCACUUUCCUAAAUUCCUACUUUCCCAGCUGCCUUGUGCAUCCCUUGGGCAUCUGGCUGCAGGAAAAGCCAGUCCCAGCAUUCCCAGAACUUGUGUGUCCCAAUGCAAUGGAAUUUGCCUUCUGCUGGACUGACCCCUUGUCUUGGGGAGGAAAUUAAGGAUCUGCUGUGCAAAGAGCUGUGGGAUUGUCCCCUUGCCUGGGCCUGGAGCUGCCGUGGUCAGCUCCUCCUGCUCCGUCCAUUGGGUUUGGAUGCUCACACUGGGAACGUGGGGAUUGCACUUACUUGGAAUUGAUCUGCCACAGACCCAGAUUUGGGGCUUCUCUCCCUGAUUGUGACAGGCUUUUGCUUUGAAUUUUUCCAAUAUAGGCAGAAGAAAAACGGAUAUGAGGAAUUCAGAGCUCCUCACACGGGUACCCACCUGCACCUGGAGCCAUGUGCCAGUCCCCCACUUGCUCACUGACUGCACAGGAAGAAUCCCAGGGGGUUAACUUCCCUCCUGGGGGGAUGGGAAUGGCCUUUUUCCGGCCUUCCCAGGGUUGGGAACAAUUGGUUACCUGCCCUUUGGUCACCUUGGCCGAGGGCAAAGCCUUUUCCUGGUCACUGUGAAAGCUGCAGCUCUAGUUUGAAUUUCCUGACGGCUCUUUCCAAGAGGGGAGAGGGGGCUUGACCCUCUCCAAACCCCCAAAUCCUCCUCCAUUCCCUUUUUGCCAGCUGUUGACAAGCACAAGGGGUGCAAGAAAGUCCUCUUGGCUUUAAAGAGCUCUCAGGGUUUCCCUGGGAAACUUCUCAGAUGCCCAAAGUACUUCCAGGAGCUGUUUAGGAGAACAGGAGGGGGAGGUGGAAGGAAGGGAAAGGGAGACAGGCUGGGGAGAAGGGUGGGAACUCCUGCACCAAGGCUCCCUGCUCCAGGGAGCCCCUGGGCUCAGCCAGGCUCCCUGGGGGGCUGACUGAGGGCAGGGUGUGGGGAGGGGGGCACUGACUUCUGGCUGGUGACAGCAGGGGGACAAACUCCAUUCCAACGUGUGGAAUUCCAUGUGUUCCCAGGCUGCUCCAGCCAGGAUUUUUGGAGUGUGUGUGCUUUUUGGAGUGUGUGUGCUCUCUGCCUGCUUUGUCCUUUUUUUUUUCUUUUUUUUUUAGUUGAAUAAUAAUUUAGAAAGUUGUUUUUUUUUCCACCAUCUACUCGCUUUUCUAUCCUGGGAGUUGUUUCAAAUCCUCUCUUGCUCCAGGCUGUGGAAAUCCCUCCCUAGUGCCAGCAGGGGAGGGAAUAUUUUGGACCUCAAACUCCUUGAUCCCAGGCUGGACUGAGCACGAGCUCAUUAGGGUAAUGAGGAUGUACCUCACAGCUCCAGGAAGCACCAAAAUCUCCCCCCUCGGCAAUUCCCAAGGCCGGCGUGUUGUACCAACAGUCCAGGCUGUCCAAAACCUCUGGGAAUUGCUCCCAGUUUGUUGAGUUUUAUGGUAUUUAAUUUAUGCAACACGUCCCAAAGGUAUCAAGGUACACAGAACCUUUUCCCUUUGGACACACACAUUUUGCAUGGAUGGUGUCUGUUGGUACAGAGGGGGGUUUUGCCAAACGUUUCUGCUUUUUAGGCUUGAACCAGCACAUGAUUUAUUUUCUGCUGCAGUGAAAUGCACCUUUCUUGGAAGGAUCAGAAUUUUUAUAGUUCUUUGUACUGGUUUUUGAUUUUCUGUGUGAUGAAGUCAAUAAAUGGAUUUAAAAAGACCCAAAA